CAGUUAAUGUUCUGGAGUUACACUGUUUGUCAACUUAUUUAUCGUACAACGUCCACUUUAGUUUAAAGUUAAAAUUUUUUAUAAGUAUUUAAUUACUAUAAGAAAUUCAACAACAUGCCAACUUUUAGUAUAGUUACUAACGUACCAAAACACAAAAUUCCAUCAACUUUUUUAGCUGAUGCAUCAAAAUUUGUCAGUGAAGUACUUCAAACACCAGAACUAUACAUUGCUGUGAAAAUCAAGGCAGGACAACAGAUGAAUUGGUUUUCUACAAAAGUACCAAAUGAAGAACCAUGUGCAUUAGGAAGCAUAGCCGGAACUCUAAAAUUGGGACUCGAUGAAAAUAAUAAAUAUGCUCCUUUAUUACAGGGUUAUAUUGAAAAACACAUUGGCGUACCUACAAAUAGAUGUUAUUUAUCAUUUUCGGAACAAAAACCAAGCAAUAUUGGAGUUAAAGGCACAACUUUAGAAGAGAUCAUUCAAUAGAUUAGGUAUCAGAAAUUCAAUAAUUAUGUGACGAUAAAAUUUUUGUUUUUUUUUUUUGACUUUAAUCUAUUAU